AUGUUCAAGCGCUUCCGCAAGAACAAGGCGCAGCCGAAAGGUGGAGCUGAAAGAAAGACAUCCGACGCCUCGAUACCGACCCUCACCGUCGACGGUAGAUCUAUCGCCGAGUCAGUUACAUCCGCCAAGCCGGAGGGCUCCAGCUCUCAUCUGCGCAGUCGGUCGCCGGCACCGGCUCCGGCAGGCCUGGGGCUUCGAGUGCUCCACCAGCCCGAGUUCGCUUCCCUAGACAUCGUCUUUGUGCAUGGCCUUGGCGGCCACAGCCAGAAGACCUGGACCAAGAACCAUGAUCCGGCGCUCUUCUGGCCCGAGAUAUGGCUGCCCUUCGAGCCGGACGUCGGCAAGGCGCGUAUCUUGACAUUUGGCUAUGAAGCAAGCUGGCGCGGCGGAGCGGGCAUCUCCGGCAUUACGGAUUUUGCCAAGGAGCUUCUAUACGAGAUGCGCUUCUCCAAAGACGCGUCUGGAGCGGAUAUUGCUAUCGGGCAGAAACCCAUCAUCUUUGUCGUCCAUAGCAUGGGCGGCUUGGUCGUUAAGAAGGCGUAUCUACUUGGCCUCUAUGACGAAAACUACAAGGACAUCAUCAGUUCUGUAUCGGCCAUCAUCUUCUUGUCAACACCCCAUCGUGGCACCAACCUGGCCGAGACCUUGAACCGGGUGCUGGCGGCCUCAUUUCAGUCUUCGAAGCAUUUCAUCGCCGACCUUAACAAGAACUCUACCGCCAUCGAAGAACUGAACGAGCAGUUUCGUCAUUUGGCGCCGAGAUUAUCCAUCUGGUCCUUUUACGAAACCCUGGCGACUUCCAUUGGUCCUAAGAAACUGAUGGUCUUGGAGAAGGACUCUUCCGUGUUAGGGUAUCCGGCGGAAAUAUCGAGGCCAUUACAGGCCGACCAUCACGACGUCUGCAAGUACUCAAGUCCAAUUGACUCCAAUUAUCUCAGCGUCAGGAACGCUCUCAAGUCUCUGGUCACGCUGUUCCGCUCCAAGGCCAUUCGAGAGGCAGACGUAAGCGAGCCCGAAAACAACACGGAUAUACAUGACCUCUUCCGCAAUUGCCACACUUCCGACGAAGAAUACAGCAAACUUCGCCGAGAAUGGAUUCCGGAUACUUGUGAGUGGUUUUUCCAGGAGCCUCAAGUUCAAGAAUGGAUGAAGCCAUCCAUCGAAUCGCACAUCCUUUGGUACACUGCUCCUCCAGCCAGUGGCAAGUCUAUGCUCGCAGCUUUUGUCAUCAGUCGCCUCAAAGACCUGGGCCUGGAUUGCCAGUAUUUCCUUUUUAGCUACUCUGAGCAACGCAAGCGGUCUGUUGCCGCGAGUUUGAAGGCCAUAGCACUACAGCUUGCAAAGGAUCUUCCAGAGUACAGGAAACUGCUAAGCGGCUCGUCGCCGGCAAGUUUGGGGCUUGAGUCGACAGAUGCCUCGCUGAUCUGGCGAAACACAUUUGAGAAAUUGUUGUUCCGAAGUGGACGCUCCCAGCCCGUCUACUGGGUUUUUGAUGCUUUGGAUGAGUCGGACUCGCCAAAGUCCUUCUUGGAGUGUCUCAGGGGCUUGUCGAGGGCAACGAUACCAGUGAAGAUCUUAGUUCUGAGUCGGAAUACGAAUGCUUUAUUCGUGGGAUUUGACCGGCUCUCACAUGCAGAUGUUCAGGUCUCGAAAAUGGAAUGCUCGGGCCACCAACACAGCAGACGGGAUAUCGAGCUGUUGGUCGAGAGUGAAAUCAGACAUCUGGGCGGAAGCGACCACUUCAGGCAGCAGUUGACGCAAACCAUCAUGACGCGGUCCGAGGGAAACUUCCUCUGGACAAAGCUGGUGCUCGAAGAGAUCCUGGGGUGUCACACUGAAGACAGCAUUCGAGAGGUGCUCGACGAGAUUCCUGAUGAUAUGAUCAGUCUGUACCAGCGAAUGGAGCGAACUCUUCUUGACUCAACGCGAAAGUCCAACAAGCCGCUCAUCAGGACCCUGCUCGAGUGGACAAUAUGUGCUCAAAGGUCCCUCAGCAUCCAAGAGCUCUCGCAGGCACUGCGACCAGACUUCUCGGGACUCUUUGACCUCAGAAGGACCAUUCACGAUUCUUGCGGGCAGUUCUUACAUGUCGACAGCAAAGGCAAAGUCACCAUACUACACCAUACAGCGCGUGAGUAUUUCACAAGCACCUUAGAGAGUCAGUUCUACGUAGACGUUCGAGAGACUCACGGGAGGCUCUUUGCGCGGACGUUGGCUCAGCUCGAGGAAGCAGAUCUUCGAUGGCGGCUCAUACAGAAUCAGCACGCGCUUCAAGCCAGCGAACCUUUUGUCUUUUACGCGGCAGUGAACUGGCCGUAUCAUCUGGCGCAGAGUCACUCCAUCUCAUCGGAAUAUCUGGACCACCUGGUGAAGUUCUUGCAGAGCCCUGCGGUUCUGGCUUGGAUUCACACGCUGGCGCUGCUGCGUCGGUUGGAAGUUUUGGUACGGGCAUCCAAGGCUCUGGCAUCGUUUGCCCAACGGACGAGAAAGCAAGACGACUCCAAAAAUCCGCUGCUCCAUCGAUUAUCGGAUCUUGCGCUGCUCGACGAGUGGACCGUUGACCUCGUCAAGCUCGUUGGAAAAUUCGGCCCCACGCUUGUGACGGACCCCAGCGUGAUAUAUGAUAUGAUCCCGGCUUUCUGUCCGACCAAGUCAGUUGUACAUCGGCAGUAUUACGAUCCUCAUUCAGCCAAGAUCAAGCUACUCGGCGCCAGGGAAGUCUCUUGGAACGAUAACCUUGGGCGGCUUGUGCUUCCGGGCGAUGCGCAGGCUCGAAAGAUUGCCUGCGCUGGAAACCAUCUUGCAGUGCUUGCUUCAACGGGCGUCGUGCAUGUCUGGGACUCUUCCAACUUUACAGAACUCAGUCAAAUCUCCCAUGGUGAGCCUGUGACAGCCAUGGCACUCAACGACAAUGGCCAGAAGCUUGUUACAUACGGACUCAAGACGUCAAAGACCUGGUCCGUCGUCGGCGGAAAGCUGCUUGCAUCCACGUCAAAUCCUCCAAACGCAAAGGCUAUGGCGGUAACAUUUGCCGAUAAUGACCGAAGGCUACUAGUUGGUGGUGAUGACAACAUCGUAAGACAUAUACAAUGCGAUAAGAUGGAGGAAGGGUGGCAAAUACUGAACCCGGCGCUCCUCAAGGAGACGGGGAGGACUGACGGCGCUAUCGUGAGCUCUCCAAUGUGCCUUUCGUUUAGCGGAGACAAUUCCUUGGUUGGCGUUUCGUACAGAGGCGCACCGUUGUCAGUCUGGAGGCUCGCAGAUGGACGGUGCCUCAACAGAUGCAAGAGGGCAAAGGACUUUCAUAGCGACCAGAAUCGGACCACGUCGAACUGGUUUGCGGUCGAUCGCUUUACCUGGAACCCCGUCACAAACCACAUCAUCGGCAUCUAUAAGAACGGGUGUAUCUUCAAAUGGCAUCCUCUUACGGAUGAGAACGUCGAGGCUCGGGUUACUGCGGAUGAGAUCGCCGCAAGUCCCAACGGCAGAGUCUUUGCGACCAGCAGCAGCAACGGUUCAGUCCGAAUCUGGAACUUUGCCUACUUCACUGUCAUCUAUCACCUUUCAUCUGAGGAUCUAGUCACCGGGUUGACGUUUAGCCCUGACAGCGGGCGCUUCUAUGAUCUGCGUGGCGGGUCGAUCAAUGCUUGGGAAUCCAACACUCUGACACGCUUCCUCGAGAGCGAAGAGAACGUCAGCGACACCAACAGUGAAGACCAGUCCUUUGCAGCGCUCUCGAGACAUUCAGAGUCACGCGUCAAUCCCUUUGAGCCCGUCACAGCUCUGGCAGCGGAACUGGAUGGUUCCUCUUAUUGCAUAGGGUAUGAAGACGGGACAGUUGUGCUCUUUCAGAGGGGAGCCGCUGACGGUGUUGAUUUUGCACAGUUUCACAACUUUCUCAACGUUUCUCACAUCCAGUGGAACGCGGAUGGGAAGUACGUUGCGCUUGCUGACCUCGCGGGCGAUAUGCAGGUCAAGACACUGCGUCAAGACGACAAGGGCCAAGACAAAAUAUCGUCUUUCCCGCCACCGCAGAUUGACCUGGAUGGCGAUAAUAUCGAGCAAUUGAUCUUUAAUAUGGACAGCACGCUGCUCCUUAUAUCAGCCAAAAAGAGGAGCUUCGUUUGCAGUGUCAACGAUGGUACGGUGCGGUGCUCCUUGGCUAAUGACGACGCCGCCAUACUUCGUCAGUGGUUGCCCCAUCCUACGCAGCCGGAUUUGCUACUCGCGUUUGGAGCUUCCGAUGUCAUCACUUAUACUUGGGAAAAGCUCGAGAGAGUUGGCUCUUCCAGCUACAAAGAGCUGCAGAACCCCGGGCCCAAAUCACAGCCAUCCAUCGACAUAGAAGGUCUCGCAGAGAGGGCAUCUUCGACUCAACUAGUGUCCUUUGACGGCUUUGGCCAGGAAUCUUCAGUUACCAGUGUCAUUUUGACUCAGGACGCCAAGUUUGUCCUGUUAAACACCAAGACUAUAACUCAAGUGACUCGGCAGAGUCAUUCGAUCGACUUUACUUCCUUCCGCGAGAUUGGGCAGGAAGUUCCGGAUAACGUGCCAAUUCAAGAAAAGCCGACGGUGGUAGACAUCUCGGAUGAGAGUUCGGCGCCCAUCGGCAGCGAUGGUUUGCUACCAGUAACGGCCCAGCCCGCGGAGCCGUACACUGUAUUCUCCAAAGCUCAGCUAAGAAGAUUACAGUUGCUUCUCGGCAUCGCAACAAUCACAUCUCCUCUAACGGCAACCAUCUACUUCCCUCUGCUGCCUCUCCUCCGCGAGCAGUUCAACGCUUCAGCACAGGCCAUCAACCUCACUCUGACGCUCUACAUCAUCUUCCAGGCCCUCUCGCCAGCUCUCUUCGGGCCGUUGUCCGACUCCUUGGGCCGGCGACCCUUCUUCCUGUUGACUCUGGGACUCUACGUCGUAGCAGAUAUUGGGCUUGCCGUUAACAAGAACAAUUACGCCGUCUUGUUAGUCCUUCGAGCUAUACAGAGUUUGGGCGCGAGUGCUGCGUAUGCCAUCAGUUUCGGUAUCGUGGCGGAUGUCUGCGAGUCGAGCGAUAGAGGACGAAUGCUGGGGCCCAUUAGCAUGGCGCUGAACCUGGGGGCGUGCGUUGGGCCCGUUGUUGGAGGCGUGGUCGCGUAUACGAGUAAGAGCUAUGUUUCUACAAUGCUGAAGAUGGCCAAUCUGUUGGCAUGUCUGCGCAUCAUCUUCUACAGAGACACUUUCCUGGCGCUCUGGAUCCAUGGAUCUUUCUACACUGUCGACUACUCCUUUGUCGCAGCAGUGCCGGAUAUCUACAAGGACGCAUAUGGCUACAAUGACCUGCAACUGGGGCUGACCUAUCUGCCACGGGGCGUGGGAAUCAUUGUGGGCAGCUACUGCACAGGCAAGAUGAUGGACGCCAACUAUCGCGCCGUGAAACGUGCCACAGGUAGAACCGACGAUGGCGGGAGCCGUAUCACGGGCGACGACUUGCUGACUUUUCCCGUCGAGCUGGCCAGAACACGCUUCAGCCUGCAUCUCCUGGUCAUCUCCACGGCAACAAUUAUAGGUUACGGCUGGGCAGUGGAACGAGAUGCCCCGGCUGCGGUCUUGCUUGUUCUCCAGUUCAUCCAGGGGUUCUGGGGCACGGCAUUUUACACCACUUACGGAGCACUUGUGGUUGAUGGCUUCCCCGAGCGUCCUGGGACGGCGGCUGCGGCAACGAGCCUCACGCGGUGUGCCAUGGCGGCGGCCGGCGUGGCGUGGUGGAUUCGGAGCGGCGGCCGUGAUGCUGCUGAGAUGGAGAGGGAUGGAGUGGAGGAGAUCUAG